AUGGGUGGAGCUGUCCCUCUAUCAAAUUACAUCUCACCGAUCACAAACGCCGUAUCUAACACAAUGGAGAAACUCAUUAAUUCUCAAUUGGGCUAUACAAUGCUAUACGGAAUACCUGUUAUCUUUGGGCUUAGACAGAUCAGCCGCUAUAAUAGACUCGCUAAAUUGAGAUUCGAUGACAUUGGGUACCAGAUAAGGCGGGCGGAUUCGAUAGGCAAUAGGUGGAUUGCCUGCAAGUACUUUUUCGUUGGUACCGUACUAGCACCACUAACUGGCUGUGCAAUCGCAUACAAAAUAUACGCUUGUUCACUUGGCGAAAAUUACCAAGUGAACAAGUUGAUCUUUCACGACAUCACCAGGCAAUUUGGAAAUGGCAUCCGCAUUGCUAAUGACAUACAAACCGAAUUUAUCCGGGAAAAUUUGACGGUGGAUAACAGAAUAUCCGAAUCGUUUAAGCGUAUGUCUACGGAGCUCAAGCAGGACGCCAGCAAGGUGAAAAGUAAACUUGGUUUAAUUUAA